AUGGCGCCAACCGUUGAGAUCGCCAUUCCGACCACCAGUCUCUCACCCACAUCUCCCCCUCACACAGUCUACCACAUCACUCUCCGCCUCCCACUUCGCUCUUUCACCGUCUCCAAGCGCUACUCCGACUUCUCCGCUUUUCAUGCCUCUCUAAUCACCCAGACCAGUGAACCGCCACCAGUGUCCCUCCCUUCAAAGUCCUGGUUCUCGAACACUGUCUCAAACCAAAGCUUUCGAGAAGAUCGUCGCCGUGGGCUGGAAGAGUACCUCCAAGCAAUCAAUGAAUCGCCCGAUGGCCGCUGGCGCACCUCUUCUGCCUGGAGGGCGUUUCUGAACCUCCCCACAGCUGCCGUCGCCUCCUCGAACGGCGCAAAGAACACCUCGAAUCGGUUACAUGCCGCGAUCACAGAUCCUGGUUCCGCAUCCAACGGCCCGAUCACCGACCCAACACUAUGGCUCGAUUACCACCGCGACAUGAAAACACACCUACAUGACGCCCGCCUCCAACUUUCUCGUCGUGACCAAGAGACUAUUCCUUCGAAGCAACAUGAGAGUUCCGCCCAGGCGAAGAGCAGUCUUGUACGCGCGGGUACGAUGCUCGGGCACCUGGAGGAAGGCCUGAGGAUCCUGAGCAGCCGCGGGUCCCAAUCCGGCCAGUCUACUUCGUCCAGCCUAGGAGAGGGCGAACUGCGCCGUCGGAAAGAUCUUCUCAUAAAUGCGCGCAAGGAAAAAGAUGGCCUGGAAGACCUGUUGCAAGCUAUGGCAACCAAGACCCGACUGGAUAGCGCGGUCGCCGCGAUGCCAGACAAGGACAAGGAGGAACUUUUUGGGAAGAUCGACAGUGCAAACAAUGGGCGCCGAACGCCCGCUCGCCCUGGAAGAGUUCUCGGUAAAGAAACGGAGCGGACGCGUGAGCUUGACAACCAGGGAGUACUGCAGCUGCAAAAACAAACGAUGCAGGAUCAGGACCAGAACGUGGACGAAUUGUUGAAGAUUAUCAUCAGACAGAGAGAGCUGGGGCAGGCUAUUCAUGAAGAGCUGGAAGUGCAUAAUGACCUGUUGAGGUUGGCGGAUGAGGACACUGAUCGACUCAAGGCCAAGCUCGAUGUUGGUAAAAAGCGCCUCGGCAAGAUCUCAUAA